CAUCUUGGCACUGCGCGGAGACCGGUCCGUCGCGGCAGGAGGGCUAGGGCGUGCGGCCCGAGCUGGUGAGAGGGCAUGGCUAGGGGCCUGUAGACUUGGCGAUUUAGAAUAAACACCUGGAGCCUCCCGCUGCCUGCUGAGGAGACAGAUGGAGCGCAAGGAUGGGAAGUGUUCCUUGAGAGCCUAGGGAGUAAAAAGGUCCGGACUCCGGAUUUUGGUGCUGUAUGUUGGCCGGGUUCCUGAGCGUGGAGGACACCUGUGCAACUGUGAAGCCUCCCGUCAGUUUCCAGCAGUUUCCUCAUCAAAAGUGGACAAGCCCAGUCAGGACUCUCUGCCCUGUGAGCUGAGCUACAGUUCGCCAGAAAGGAGCGCUGAAGUCAUCAUGCUUCAGAGACUCCUAAUCACCCUGCCCGUCGAGGCCAGCACCUGGGUGAAGUUGCACCAUCCAAAGAAGGCCACGGAGGGGGCGCCCCUGUGGGAGGACGUGACUAAGAUGUUUGAAGGAGAAGUUCUGCUAUCUCAGGAUGCUGAUGAGACCCGGGGAGAAAGUUUUGAGGAUGAAGUGACAUCUGGGUCCCUGACCGCAGAAUCCCAGGAACUGUUAACCUUCAAAGACAUAUCUGUGGACUUCACCCAGGAGGAGUGGGGGCAGCUGGCCCCUGCUCACCGGAAUCUGUACCGGGAGGUGAUGCUGGAGAACUAUGGGAACCUGGUCUCAGUGGGAUAUCAGCUUUCCAAACCUGGUGUGAUUUCCCAGUUGGAGAAGGGAGAAGAACCAUGGCUGAUGGAGAGAGAGAUUUCAGGAGGUCCAAGUCCAGACUUGGAAGAUGAAACAGAAACCAAAGAGUCAGUCUUAAAGAGUGACAUCUCAUGGGAAGAAUUACACCAUGACCUGAUGAUGGAAAGGUCCACAAGAGGAAGCACCUUGGUUUCCACAUUGGGAAGGGUCUCCAAAUGUCAUAAGUUAGAAAACCACCAGGAGAACCUAGGAAUGGGUGCAGGGCAAAUCCCCUUGAUCCACAAGAAAACACUCACGCAGGCGAGAGGCCAAGAAUCUAACAGAUGUGUGAAAAGUAUUAAUGUGUGCUCAAAAGUUAUUCCAGGACCAAUAGAUCCUCCAAGAAAAAGACACCAUAAAUAUGACAUAUCUAGAAAGAAAAGUAGAUGCAAUUUAGGUUUGAUUAAUCAUUCAAGGAAUUAUACAAGAAUGAAAACCUUUGAAUGUAAUAUUUGUGAGAAAAUCUUCAAACAGCUCAUUCAUCUUACAGAACACAUGAGAAUUCAUACUGGAGAGAAACCUUUCAGAUGUAAAGAAUGUGGAAAAGCCUUUAGCCAAAGUUCAUCCCUUAUUCCACAUCAGAGAAUCCAUACUGGCGAGAAACCCUAUGAGUGUAAAGAAUGCGGGAAAACCUUCAGACAUCCAUCAUCUCUUACUCAACAUGUUAGAAUUCAUACUGGGGAGAAACCCUAUGAAUGUGGUGUAUGUGAGAAAGCAUUCAGCCAGAGCAUUGGGCUGAUCCAGCAUCUGAGAACUCAUGUCAGAGAGAAACCUUUUACAUGCAAAGACUGUGGAAAAGCAUUUUUCCAGAUUAGACACCUCAGGCAACACGAGAUUAUUCAUACUGGUGUGAAACCCUAUAUUUGUAAUGUAUGCAGUAAAACCUUCAGCCACAGCACAUACCUAACUCAACACCAGAGAACUCAUACUGGGGAAAGACCAUAUAAAUGUAAGGAAUGUGGGAAAGCCUUUAGCCAGAGAAUACAUCUUUCUAUCCAUCAAAGAGUCCAUACUGGAGUGAAACCUUAUGAAUGCAGUCAUUGUGGGAAAGCCUUCAGGCAUGAUUCGUCCUUUGCUAAACAUCAGAGAAUUCAUACUGGAGAAAAACCAUAUGAUUGUAAUGAAUGUGGAAAAGCCUUCAGCUGUAGUUCAUCACUUAUUCGACAUUGCAAAACACAUUUAAGAAAUUCCUUCAGCAAUGAUAUGUGAAAUAUGUUCAACAUCAAGGAAUCCCCAAAUCGGAGCAAAAGCCUCUAAAUCCGUGGUUUUCUGACUUUUGGAUUUCAAGAACUAAUAAUUUUUUUUAAUGGUUUGACCCAAUGUUACAACUAUUAAUUUUGCCAUAUUAAAAAAAAACUACCUAUUAUAUGCAUUGUUUCAGAAAAGAAAGGGCAUUUUAAUAUUUAAA